UCUCGACUUCGCGUAGAGUGCUCUUUGACAGACGGAUGACAGCUUCCUGAGCAAGUCCUACUUUGUUUAUGGCACGUAGCUAGCUAGCUAACUGACGGCUACAAAAGUGCUUUGUUUUCUUAUUAAGCGGAUUACUGCACUGAUACAUACAUUUCUGGCGUAGAAGGUGAAUCUAGAUUUACAUGAUCCGGGGUUGUUUGGUACGAACGCCUCUGGUGCCGUUAGGAGAAUGAACUCCAUCACCGGUCGGGAUCACCCUGUACCCGCCUCCUCUGUCAACUCUGGAGCCUCAUCUUCUCGAGGCUUGCACGUAGAACUCACAUCUCAGCAGAGGCGGUUACGUCAUCUCAGAAGCAUCGCAGCCCGCAACAUCGUCAACAAGAAUGGCUCUCUACUGUUGGACACAUAUUUUACCCUUCAUCUCUGCUUAGAGGACUGGAUAUCCAGAGACUUUUACAAGAGUGAAGUAAUCCGAGAUUCAUUGAAUCCAACAUGGCGGAGCCUGGACUUUGGCAUGCUGCCGGACCUCCUUGACACAUCUGUGUCCUGCUUCGUGGUGAGGAUCUGGGGCGGUUGGGAGGAACAGUUCACACUCCUCAUAGAGUGGAAGGUCAACCUGGAUGGGCUCAGAUACACAGGGCAGCAGAUCCGCUCCAGGAAUCCAAAUGAAAUCAUAUUUGGAUUGAAUGAUGGCUACUAUGCAAGUGACUUUGAUCAUAAGGACCACUCUGAAAGGAAGAAGAACAGUUUACUCCUUGUGGACCAGAGUUCAGUGAGGAACUCCUACAGUGUCUUCUCUCUGCUGAGGCUCCACACAGCACAGAGAGCCAUCAAGCAGACCCAGGUGACGGUGCAGAAGAUCGGGAAGGAGAUUGAGGAGAAGCUGAGGACGACAGCGGCCUGCAACGAGCGGAAGAAGGAGCGGGAGUGUAUGCAGAUGCGUCUGGGGAUGCUACGAGGUGAGCUGGAGAGACAGAGGAAGGUGCUGGGCCGGGAGACAGACCUGCGGCAGAAGGAGAGAGCACAGCUUCAGAAGAAAGAGGAAGUGUUCUCCACCAAACACCACAGUCUGGGGAUGGAGAGGGAGUCGUUAACAGAGCAACAUAAAGAAUGCACUGCCAAAAGAGAGCUGUUCCUCAAGUCCAACGCUCAGCUCACCUUCCGCUGUCGUCAGCUCCUCUCUGAGCUGUCCUACAUCUACCCCAUCGACGUGGUCACCACGGCCGCGAAUCAAUCCGAUUAUGUCAUCUGUGGAGUGAAGCUGCCCAACUCGGAGGAUUUCCAAGCGAAGGAUGAUGGGAGCGUUGCGGUUGCCCUGGGUUACACGGCCCACUUGGUACUGAUGAUCAGUUGCUUCCUGCAGAUCCCUCUCAGGUAUCCUGUCAUCCACAAAGGCUCCCGCUCCUCCAUCAAGGACACCAUCACAGACAAGCUCAGUGAGAAGGAGCGAGAAUUCCCACUUUACCCUCGAGGAGAGCGUUUUCAGUUUGAGUACGGAGUCUACCUGAUCAACAAGAACAUCGCCCAGUUGAGAUACCAGCAUGGCCUGUCCACUCCAGACCUGCGCCAGACCCUGCCCAACCUCAAGAACUUCUUGGAGCACGGCCUUCUGGUCCGAUGUGACCGGCAUCAUGUCUCCAGCUCUAUCCCGGUCCCGACAGGAGCCAAGUCUCAGAUCAGCGUCUCGGCUGCGUCAGAGGUGGAUUUCCCCACCGACACCAGCUCUCCAGACCGGGGCUCACUGAGGAAGAGGGCCAGCUCUGAGGCCGACAAGCAGAAGUACAAAGCCUCUCUUCCUCCCAGCUACAACACGGCCAUGGCCAUAGACCAACCCCAGGGGGGCCUGCCGCCGCCCUCCCUCAAACACAUGUCCUCCUCCCUGGACGCUAGCAUCGACCUGGCCAAGACUCUGGAGAUCCAGGCACAGCAGACUCCAGCCCCAGAAGAGGAGGAUGGAGACGGAGAAGUAGAGGUGGUGGAGGUAGAGCAACUGCCUUCCACCACCACAGGAGGCUCAGAUUGCCCCACUCCGGCUCUGGACAGCACCAUUGAGGAACUGGAGGAGGUGGCACUCACCAGCCAGCAGAAUACCAUGAACGGCUCAGUGAUGCCAGGCUACGGGCUGGUGGGACCCACAACUGGGCUAACAGUGACCAUGGCAUUGAACCCAGAGUUGUGCUGCUCGGUGGAGCAGGCAGAGGAGAUCAUGGGGACUGAGGCCACAGGCCUGGGACUGGGGGACGGGGCCAGGCUGGAGGACUACCCCUGCAUCCCCGUGGAGCACGCCGUGGCCGUGGAGUGUGAUGAGCAGGUGCUGGGCGAGCUGGAUGCCGCCGGCUUCGAGGAGUUCUCCCGCCGCAUCUAUGCACUAAAUGAGAACAUGUCCAGCUUCCGCCGGCCACGCAAGAACUCCUCUGAGAAGUGACAACAGGAGAGCAGGACCUGAGGGGAGGGCUGGGCUGGGGGUGAGGGCAGGACUGGAGUCACAGGACACAUGAGUCAGGGACAUGAACUUAGUGGAGAGGAGGGGGGGUCCUGUGUGUUUUGGUGUGUGUCACUCUCCCUCUCUCCAUUCAUCAAUAGAAAUCAAACAUAGGAACUACAGUAUUUGGAAUGUGACAAAUUUGCACUUCUCGAAAAACAUGUAUAUCAGAGAAGGCUGGUGAGAGGAGCUAUAGGAGGACAGGCUCAUUGUAAUGACUGGAAUGGAAUGCAUGGUACGGAGUCAAACACAUCCAAUAUGUGGAAACCACGUUUCACUCCGUUCCAUUUUUUCUAUUACAGCCAUUACAAUGAGCCUGUCCUUCUAUAGCUGUUCUUACAAGCCUCCUCUGAUUUCUAUAAUCCUUUGAAAUUAAAUAAAGCAAAUGUUUGUGG